AUGCAAACGGCGUUUCAAACAUUAACAAUAGCAGAUGGUGUAUUGGCAAUAAGGCACGUCCGCGAAUCACCACCGGGAACGCCAAGAACGGCAGUGUCACCAUUGCGUGAUCUAAACCGAGGUACUUCAGCUGUGAGGAAAUCCUUAGUCCUUGAACUUAUUCAUAGAUCAGAGGAAGAUUUGAAUGAUUUCAUUUUUGACGAGAAUUUUUUGGAAGAUAGCUGGGGUCUUCACACAAGCGUGGUAACUAGCAAUCUUCUCUAUCUGGAAAAAUCUGCAUCAAACAAUUCAGAUUUACCGGAACUGACUUCAGAGCAACUUUCACCUGUGAACUCUUCCAUAGUAUUACCAGUGGAUCCUAAAAUAUAUCGCAUGUGUUGGGUUCCUGAGUCAGACCUGGAUUCGAUGUCAACUGACGAAAAUUAUUCUCUGAACCAUCUUUCACCUGCAAUGGACAGUACAUAUGAAGGAUAUAGCGUACAUAGCUAUUUUGGCGGAGAUGAUAUAUCAAACUGCUCAGGAUUAGAUGAAAGCAGUGAUUUGGACCAAAGUGAUGCUACUCUGAAUGGUUAUUUUUAUAGCAAAAGAGCAUUAAAAUAUUAA